UCUAUAUCCGCUUUUUGCGAGACGUGUUCUACUGAGAGGGGAAAAGAUGGCCGUAGAGAAGGCGAAUGAAGCGAAAAUAUUGUCGAUGGAGGAAAACAAGGAGAACACUGUAGACGAGGGUCUUGCUCUGGAAAUUCUCCAGAUAAUAAAAGAUUCCCAGCAGCAGCAUGGACUCAGGCAUGGAGACUACCAGCGCUACAGGGGGUAUUGUUCCCGAAGACUGCGUCGUCUCCGCAAGACGCUGGGCUUCCGAAUGGGCAACCGGCACAAGUUCACAGGCAAAAAGGUGACCGUGGAGAUCCUGUCGGACAGUCGCUAUCUGUUGCUGGUUGUGAUGGAAGCCGAGCGGGCGUGGAGUUACGCCAUGCAGCUGAAACAGGAAGCCAACACGGAGCCGCGGAAACGCUUCCACCUCAUGGCGCGUCUCCGUAAGGCAGCCAAGCACGGAGAGAAGCUCGAGAAGCUGUGCGAGAGUCAGCGGGUCGAUGCCAAGACCAAACUAGAGGCCCAGGCGUACUCUGCCUACCUAACCGGCAUGGUCCAAUUUGAAAUGCAGGAGUGGAAAUCUGCAAUGGAGGCCUUCAACAAGUGCAAGACGAUCUACCUGAAGCUGGCGCAUGCGUUCACUGAGGAGCAGGCUGUUCUGUAUCACCAGAGAGUGGAGGAGAUCUCGCCCAACAUCCGCUACUGUGCAUACAACAUUGGUGACCAGAAUGCUAUAAAUGACCUCAUGCAGAUGAGGCUCAGUGCUGGAGGAGGCGGAGGCAUGAUGGCUGAGAAGCUUGAGGCUCUGAUCACUCAGACGCGAGCGAAACAGGCAGCUACCAUGAGUGAGGUGGAGUGGAGGGGUCGCACUGUUCCCGUUAAAAUCGAUAAAGCCCGGAUCUUUCUCCUGGGGCUGGCUGACAAUGAGGCUGCCAUUGCACAGGCAGCCAAUAAUGAGACGAAAGAGCGUCUGUAUGAGACUCUAUUGGCUGAGUGCAGAGACACCAUCCAGGCUGUGAGAGAGGAACUGCGCACCGAUGUGAAGCAGAGAGAGAGGGCUGCAGACAGCGCAGAGAGCGGAAAAGUCUCCAACCUGCAGUACCUGCACAGCUAUUUAACCUAUAUAAAGCUGUGGACGGUGGUGAAGAGAAACGAGAGCAUGGCCCAGGUGCUGCAGGCCAAACUGAAGGAACCACAGACAGACGAGAGCAAGAGAGGACCGCGACCCCAAGACCUGAUCCGGCUUUACGAGAUCAUUUUGCAGAGCCUGGCAGAGCUGUCGACCUUGCAAGGAUUGGAGGAGGACCAUGUCUUCCAGAAAGAGGUGGCACUUAAGACGCUGGUUUACAAAGCUUACAGGUGCUUCUUCAUCGCCCAGUCAUACGUCGUUGUAAAGAAGUGGAGAGAGGCAUUGGUUCUAUAUGAAAGAGUGCUGAAGUACGCCCGAGAGGUCCAGUCCAAGGCCAAAAACCUCAAUAAUAGCCUCAAGGAUCUUCCAGAUGUUCACGAGCUCAUAGCUGAAGUCAACUCUGAGAAAUACUCCCUUCAGGCGGCAGCCAUUUUGGAUAAAGAGGAGGUGGCUGAAGCUCCUGCUCAGCAGCAGGUCAAAGAUAACAAGCCUCUCUGUGAGCGAUUGGACACCUUCCAUCUUGAUCCAUCCCUCCUCGGCAAGCAGCCCAAUCUUGUCCCGUUUCCGCCAGACUUCCAACCCAUCCCGUGCAAGCCUCUGUUCUUUGACCUGGCUCUCAACCACGUGGCCUUCCCACCGCUGGACGAUAAGGUGGAGCCGAAGGGCAAGGGCGGCCUCACCGGCUACAUCAAGGGCAUCUUCGGCUUCGGCAGCUAAAUCGAGGCUCGACUCCGCCUCGAACCUGAGAGCUGGAGGGAGUCUGCGCUCGAUCUGGACUUGCUUCCUUAAUCCCUUCCCUGCCUGUCCAUCAUAUUCUUCUGAAAUCAGUUGUUGGUGUCCUUUGCUCCGUGACUUGACAGAUCACAGACGUACACGGUGUAGGGUGUACCUGAUUCACCAAAGCCCAAAUCAACUCCGCAAACACAACGGGUUGUAUCGUGUGAUGAAAGCACUUGUGUACGAAAAUGUGGCCAAAUAGGUUUGGGAGAGGAGAACACUAGUUUUUGUAUAGUAGUGGUAUUGAAUUCAUCUCCAUGGUGGGUUCUACUACAUUGUCUAGAUCUGUUUUAUUUAUGCAAGAAGGGCGUAGGGCACGAGGAUCGGGGCAAUUUCAGACUAUUCCAAGCUCAAGGGUCGGUCUUUUCUCCAUUUAGUGCAAAUGAUGGAUUUAAUUUAGUAUCCUUUCAAUAAUUUUCAUUUUAAACUUUGACCAGGUUUAAUACACAAGGAAGCCAUUGUUUCACAAAUGUAUACUAGACAUCGUAAACCAGGAGGAGGCAGUUUGUCAGUCUGCAUCAGGAACUAAUAGAACAUAACUGGCAUAUAUUAAUCAUGCAGGAAAACUUGAAAAGAACUCGCACCCCUGUUCCACCAACGUAGAGCCAGUGCUGGUUCAUGGCAUUAAAAAAAAAAAAAAACCACCAUGGAAGUGUUUUGUUUUAAACCAUCCAAAUAAUUUAUGUACAGUAUAGAGUCCCAUGGAUAACAAUUGUGCACCAGAUCAUUACUAGGGAUGCACUGAUGCCUUCCUUUUUAGUUUCUCCCCCAAAUUGUGUACUAUUGCAACUUGAUUUGUGGUACUUGUUGAUACGAACCCCAAAACGAGUAACCUGUUUAAUACUAAGCAAUCAGGGGCAUUGUGGAAUAUUUUGUUUUUCUCUGCAAUUUGCUGCUCUGGGCUGCUAGCAAUGAGCUCCUCGUUCUCAGACUUGAUAGCAUCUUUAACACAGAGCACAAGACAUCUUGCUGCUCUCCACCGAAUCUUAUUAAAAUACUGCUCUGUGUGUUCAGGUCAGUCGCCCUUGAACUGUCUAUUAAAGAUGAUGAUUCAUCGCUAUGAAGAUGUUUUUGUCUCAUGAAGGAAGAUGACUCAUAAGGCACAGUUUGCUUUGUCAUCAACUGUGAACUCAAUCCAGAUCGUCGUUUCUAUUUCGCGUUUUGUGUUUAUUAGCACAGCAGUGUAUGCUACGUUACAUGGCAUCAUGUGGCAUUUUAUUUUAUAAGACCAGUAUCUGUAUCGAUGCGUCCCUAGUUCAUUGGAGUUUCCAGUAAAACGAUUGACCGUUGAUUCAUGGUUGCAAUAUGAAUUUUGCUGUAUUUUACAACAGUUUUUGAAUCCUUGCUCACAUCCUUUUUAAAAAUAUAUAUAUACAUGUAUAUAACUUGCUUUUUACUGGAACUGAACUGAUUUGGUACCAACUAAUUAUCCAGUAGAAGAGCCAGAUUAAGCACCAACACUGACACCUUGACUGGCCCAUAUAUGUGGUAAAAUCACAUCACUGGUCUCCUCAGACAUGUGUAUUCUCUUAAUUACUGUAUAAUCUAACAUUACAUUUGAAAAAUUAUUCGUUUUUUACACAUUUAGCAAAUACGUGUUCUUCAGUGACUGACUUCAAUAGAUAGCCAUAGAGUGGGAGCCAAGACUUUUCCUAGGUUAGUCAUGUAGGGUGUCUCGGUCCUCACUUUUGAGAACCUGCUGAGGGAAAUUUUUUAUUUUUUAUUUUCUCCUCUCCUCCCCUCCCCCAUGACUACCAAGUUUACCUGUCUGUGUGGACAGACAGGCGCUGCUGUUGCUCGUAUCGACUCGAACCAAAGCAAAUCUCUGCCGUCGUUUUUGCAUCUCAUCUCUUAUGGACACCAUCUCUACUCUCUCAUCUAUUUCUAUUUUAUGAUAUGUUAUUGAUCAUUUCUGGUUUACAUGUUGUAUGCUAACUAAUUUGCUGGGUUUUUUUUUUUUGUUUGUUUUUUAAAUGUUUGAGAGCGAUGGUGAUUUGUUCGGAGAAUGGAGCUGAAUGGCUGGCUGAAAAAUGUUUUCUGCUGUGAUGAGUUAAAAUUGUCUCCAAGAUAUUACAUGAAAUGAAAAUUGGUUUAAGUGCUCCUGAUUUACGGUAAAAAGAAUAAACUAGGAAUGAAGUGCUGAA